AUGUCGUCGCCGUCAGUGUCGGCUUUCCCUGCGCCUCAUGGCUGCAAUCUCGAAUACGACGAGCCAAUCCAACCAGGAAUACCAGCACAAGGCGCGACAGCACCAAAGCUAACCCUCGAUAUGGACGACCUGCGAACAAACCUACCUCCACCGUCUGAGCUCAGUCCAGUUCGACCGAAGAGUUCCUUUCUCGGUCAGAAGAGGAGCGGCCCAAGUGCAAAGCCCAAAGGGUUGCGUCAUAAAGGUUCGAACCCAACGCUGAUAUUUCGCUCAGCAGCGACAGGGGGAGUUCCUCGAAAUCCAGCAGUGACACCACCGCGUACACCUCCACCACAUCUCCAGUGGAUGGGUCCUUCGGUGCCCGUUGGACCGCCUCGUCUGGACAUAGGCAAGAAACACGGAGUCUUUGCGGCUCCGCGAUCGCAACAGCAAGGUCGAAGAUACGCGACUGCUCCAGGUUCGAGUACACCUGCACUCGCCCUCCCAUCUCAGCCUCCGGCCGUGGUGAUUACUCGAGCUUCAAUUGAGGUGGAAGUUGAAGUUGAAGGUGAAACGGGUUCUUCAACCCCGAGCGCUAACCUUCAAAGUGUUGACUAUCAGAAGCUUGAACAACAAGACAACACCCCAUCCUCGUCGGGCUGGAUAACACCUGACGAAGUGCCAGGAUCAACACCGGUCUUUCAAUCAUUUCUCAAUGCGGAGGCCACUUCGAAAAUACCAUCAGACUCUACUGCGUCAGCGUGUGCUUCGGAAGCAACCCUCCUCCAUUCCACCACUUCAACCGCUAUUCCUGCUUCAUCAUCAGCUUCUGCCAACUGUCCACUCGUAUCUCAGCUCCAAGGUUUUCCCGUGCCCAACAUCCAGCCCUCCUACGUCCGCACGAGCCAUGGUGAGCCAGGACCUAGUGGUGGUCGUGGUGCCGUGGCGCCGCAGGAAAGGACGGGUUCAGCAUCCGCAGACCUGUGCAGUGGAGCAAUAAUGUCGUCCGAUAUGCAAGGAGCGGUUGCUUACUCAGUGAAUGGCCCUCGGCCUCGACAUCCCCAUGUGCGCCCCGCCGAGGUCGAGAUGGUGGAUGGCGCUGUUACUGUGGAUUCCAACAACGUAUCCUCUCGCUAUCAAGUAUUGACCUCCACCGACCUCAACAAUAGCCCUUUCUCCCAACCUCUUAGUCAAGAGCAAGGCCGCGAUAUGUCUCCGGCUUUUAGUCAAGUUCACUACCCACCGUCUUCCCCUGAUAGACACUCGCCAUCACUCCCAUCAAAUCCGGAAUCACUUCCAUCAACAUCAAAAGAUGGAGAUCAUGAAACGCCAGCAUUGGCUUUACAAACCGUGGCACGGGACUUUGAUGGAGGCUAUUCUGGAGGUGGCGAUAAUGGUGCACGUAUGCAUGGGGUAUGUCGGCCGGAUGCCGGCGAGUCCUCUGAACAUUCUGUAUACCUCGCUGGUUCCGUGAGUAUGACGGAUGCAAGAGAUCAGAGGGAGAACGAUAAGGGCCGAGCGUUUCAUACUUCUGGAGCGCGCAGUGGGAACGAGACGACAAUUUUCGGAUACAGUGGCAGCCACGAUUCUUCUCGCAACGUUGUCGACACCCACCACGUCCCCAACCGAUUUGAUUCGCCCGUUUCAGAGUUGUUGGUCCGUGACAGCGACGUCCAUUGUGGGUUUGGACCAGAGCAGGGCUUGAACGGUAUCGAGAAGAGGCCAGCUCAUAGCCCGUUGUCCAUUUCUACCCAGUCAUCAGCGCCAGGAUCGUUAUCAAUAUCAACUGCCGCCCCUACAAAGCCGGAUCCAGUCGCAUCAGUAGCGAGGGAACCAUUUCUGUCAGCUUCGAGUUGGCCAUCGACGUCAAAAACGUCAACGAUGGUUGAAGGGUCGCGACAUUACGAACCACCACUAGUACCACCACUGGCGAACACGAACGUUGUUGAAGACGGAAGAGUUGGGGGCGAUCCAGUAGGAGUUGGGAUGGGAGAUCUGCAAUGGAUUGGGGCUACUGCCACCACCAUCACGCCAGCGACUAAUAUGGAGAUGGAGGUGAGGAAGGUGGAUGAUCAGCCUGGCGUCAACAAACCUACUACCCAAAAAGCGAGAGCUUUCUAUAGCAACGCUAUUGCUGGGCCCUCAACGCUGCCUUCGACCACUGCCUCCAAGGCCCACACCGCGCCCUCAACACGAAACCGCUCGCUUCCGAGAACCUCGAUCGAGGGCUAUAACCAACCAUUCGAACAACGGCACCAACAGUACUACCAACAGAAGGAACAACAGCAGAACCAGCACGAACGACAACAACAACAGACGCCUGUUCAUCAUCCCAUCCAGAACCAGUACGAGAUCCUCCAACCCCCUAAUCACAGUCACAGUCAUGGGCGUAACGCUACCCCUUUCGCGACGCCAGAAAAGAGCAGUGUUUCAGCUGUCGAUCCGCCUUCACAAUCUCUUUCGGCAUCUGGCAUAAUGAGUGAGGUAGCGCGUGGUACACAAAUUCAGGGCGAGGGUUUUCAUCAAGGAUUUGGUCAUACUUCAAAUCAUCCGACACAGGCGCCGGGGGAGGAUGUAGACUUGGGAUUGGAGGCACGGAAUCGUUACCACUUUGAUUUCUCGUCCAACUCGACCCAGCACUAUCAUCAUAACGAGCGGGUCCUGGAAUCGUCGAUAUCCGCAGAAGAAACCUCGAUCUUGUCAAGCGCGGUGGGCGGAGGAUUAGGAACGGGGAGUGCAGGAGGUUCAGCGACUACAAGCAACGGUGUACGGCCUCUCCCGCGGCCGCCUGCACCUAAUCUAAAUUCGUCAACGGAGCCGGGUGGAAGCUCGAGUACGCCAUCAGUAUCGAUAUCGGGUAGAACGAACGCUGUAGCAGGCCCUUCUUCGUUGGCGGGCACCAGCAAGAAUACGAACGGGAGCUCUAGCAGUAGCAACACCGGCAGCACCAGCAAGAAUCCGUCUAUAUCAUCGGCGCCAUCCAACAUCUCGGGUUCAGGGAGUGCAGGUUCUUCGAGUAUGUCUUCGACUUUGGCGUAUCCUUCCAUCCACCAGCCUACACCAAGGGCAAUCGUUACUUCGUCCGUUUUGCCUUCAACACCAGUCAUCGCCUCCUCGAGCACUGCUUCCAGAGUUGCAGGUCCCAGCACGUCGGCCCAGCGAGCAAGCCCUCAUCAACGUCCCCAAACAAGCCCUGGGCUGUCACCUACAUCGAGCACCCACACCAUCCUCCCCAAAGAAUCCGCUGUCCACCCACACCCACGACCAUUAUGGACGUCCAAGAAGGUUGCUGAUUCGCCCAUCAUCCGGGCGCCCAAUUCCGCUGGAGGGGCGCUUCCUGGUUUGGCCAGUCCUUCGGAACGUGGUGCCCUCCCCACACCGCCUUCGAGUGCGAAAUCGAAUACGAAAGUGGCGACACAUGCUAUUCCGCCUUCGCCGAUGUCGCUUCCUCCAGCCCGAGCACCGUCGCGGACUGCGCCUUCACCGCCUCCACGGACACCGUCGAGACAAGCACGAGAACACCAGAAGCGACAGGAUCAAAAGAAGAGGAGGGGGAGGGCGGGGAGUGUGAACAAGCAUGGGAGUGAUGUUGAGUAUAUCCCUCCACCUCCUCCACCCAGCGGCGGUCGUUCGAAUCCGCACUCGAGGAAUGGGAGUAUCAGUGGGAGUGGGACGCAGGGAGUGAAAUCGAUGCCUAUGCCUCUAGUCUUGAACAGCACGAUUCUGGCGUCCUCGACCACGGGUGCGUCGAGUCAACAGAUCCAAAUCCCGUGUGUGCCGGCGAAGAUGGUCAGCGCGGGGAGGUCGCCGAGUGUGACGAGGGUGGGGACGGGGCGGUCGCCUAGUGUGCCGCGGACGUUGCCAGUUGGGAGGCGUGAGCGGUCGGCGGAUUCGUAUCUUGGUAGUGAUAAGACGGCGGCGUCGACGAGGGCUGGGAAUGCGGUGGGGUAUCGGGUGUUUAAGCAAGGUGCGGAAGAGGUUAUGGAGAGAGCGGGGAGGACGAUGGGGCCUAGGCCUGCUGCGCCUACUGCUUCGACUACUAGGCUUGGGAGAGGGCGGAGUUCGUCUGUUGCGGAAUUGUUGAAUCAAGGACAACCUGGUGGUGUGGAGAGAGGAUCGAUUUUGGAUAUCAAGCACCAGCAUUCGAAUUCGACCAGUCAUCCUGCAUCGAACGUCCGCUCGGCGCCGACGACACCUCGGCUUGGUCUCACCGGAGCAUUCUCGAUUCCACCUCCUUCGAGCAGGACUGUUUCGCCUCAAUCUAGCAAUGCACCUGGUGGCGCGAAGAGACGGCCGAGUGUUACUCUCAACACGUCCUUUGCGGCGCUAUCGGCUUCGCCUUCGGCAAGUAAUAGCCAGCAGACGAGUCCUAUAACCAGGAUGCCGGUCAUGCGGCCGUUACCUGUACCAGGUUCCAAUGCAGGAGCGGCGCCUCCUACAUCCUCGACAGCAGCUCCGAUCAACCCCGGUACUAUUCGAGCGUUCAGAGCUCUUCCAUCGCCUACUUCGACCCCAAUGGUUCCGCUCAACCUCCAGAUGCCGACGCCGAUUUCGAGUGCAACCCCCACCUCUGCGAGGCCCCUUCCUCCUCCACGUUCGAGAACGGCGGAUAAUUUGUCGGGAGCCACGACGCCUACGCUUCCUUAUGGUGGACCUCCCACUCGUCCGUUUGGAACGCCUAGCAGUCCCAGUCCCAGGCUUCCUCUAUCGCUCAGUAUACCGCAUGUUCCUGCGAGCAAUGUGGGCGGCGUGGCCAGUCCUAGGAUGCUACCCACCCCACUGACUACGACGAAGGAGAAGCAGAGGGUGUUGCCUGAUGUCGACUUGCUCUCGAAUGAACCUUCGCUCACCAGGAACACAGCUCCCAACCGACACCCGCCUCUCCCAGCUCCUGUCGCGAAGAAAGCGACGUAUCCCUUCACGCAAGCAACCGCAUCCGAGAUGUCACCUACGAGCGCCAACUCGACUAGCGACCGAUCAGGCAACGAAGGCGUGCACUCGCACCCUAUGCACCUCGCCGACUGGACGAGCGAAGACCAGCUCCUCAACGACGACUCCAGCUUCCACAUGCAGAUCGAGGAAGAGAUCGUCUUCCGGAAUCGGGAGGAGGUGGAUUUGGAGGACGGAGCGAGCGAGGUGGAUAUUGAGCUUGAAAGGGAGGUUAUACUACGUGAUCCGUCGUGGACUGCGUCGUGGAACCCUGGUGUGUCGCAGUAUGACUCGCCGACGGAUAAGCCUAUUUCGCCGAUUGUGGUGGGGAAUAGUACGUUUAAUGAUAAGGAUGAGGUGUUUGCUGGGGGCCCGCGUCACCGGCAUCGGCAGCGGUAUUUGUCGGAUGAUGAGCUGCGGAUUGGGGGUGGGGGGAUUGGUGGGAGCUUUGGGCAGGCUGGGGAGGGGUGGAGGAAUGCGUAUGGUGCAGAGGAGGGGGAGGGGUAUCAGUAUGAGUAUGGUGGUGUCUCGGCGGCUGUUGAGCAUAAGCCUGUGGAUGGGGCUGUUUAUGAUAUGCUCUCGCGAAGUCCGUCGCCUAUACGCUAUGCCCGUCCGGAUUCGAGAGGCCACCUUCGCUCGUCGACCUCCACGCACGACUCGUACUCCCGAGCCACCUCCCCUGGCGGAUCGCAGGCUUCUUCGCGGUCUCUCUCGCCCAUCUCAGUCCGCUCGCGGAGCUCGCUGUCAAGUUCGCGCUCCUCUUCUCCCUACUCGUCGUAUCGCGGACGGAGGAAGGGCUCGAUGUCGUCUGAUGAUCUCGAUUUGGUGGAUGGGCAGGGGAGGAGGCGGGUGCGGAGGAGGAAGGAGCAGCCGCGGUCGUACCGGCAUAGUUAUCGGACGCCUGGUCCUGCGUCGUUGGAGGAGUUUGACUUGAAUCCAAGGAGGGGGAGGGGAGGUGGUGUUGGUGCUGGACAGUCACACCGUGGGCGGGGAGGGUCGGUGUCUACGACGAAUUCGAGGGAACAGGUUUUGCCUGAUGAGGAGAAGGAGAAGAGGAGGGCUGGGAAGAGGUCUACUAUUCGUGAAGUUAGGGAGGCGGUUUCGAGGGCGUUUGAUUUUGAUGGGGAGAAGGAGAGGGAGGGAGAGAGGAGGGAGAGGAGGGACGAGAAGGAGAGGGAAAAAGAGAAAGAGAAGGAGAAGGAUAGAGGGGGGUCGGUGUUGUUUAGGAAGAUGAAGAGUAGGGGAGGGGGUGUCCCGCCUGCAGCUAGCGGUAGUGGUGACGCGUUCCAGUCCAAUUCCUCGUCCAACCCGUCGUCUGUACUCGACAUCUCCACCCCGGAGAUCCCGCCCAAGGAAUCAAGAGGCAAGGACAAGUCGUCCUCGUCAAAGUUGGGCUCGAGACCUGGGACCGCGGAGACGCAGAGCGGGAGUAGUGGGAAGAGUGGGAUGUCUGCGUUGAAUCGGGCUGCUGGGUUGUGGAAGAGCAGUAGUGCGUCGCUGGAGAAGGCGAGCCAGGCUAUUCCUGUGGUUAGUCCGGCGCCGGGUGUGCCUGUGGAGGAUUCUUCGUCUUCGGGUGCACCGUUUAUGUGGGUGUCGAGGAGGAAACCGGGUACUGGAUUGCAAGAGGGUGCCGCUCAUGAGCCUGUUCCUUCAAAGGCAGCACCUGAGGUACCGUUUGCUGCUCUGCGGAGGGAGGAUACGGAGUUGAUAGAGGAUGAGAAUAGGGAGGAUUAUGCGGCGAGGAAGAAGAUGAAGAAGAGGACGGCGAGUGUGCCUGUUAUACCGUUUGACGGUGUGCGUGGACCGAGGCCGAUGGAGGGCAACGGGCAUACGGGGUCUCCCCUCCCCGAUAGCUCGCUCAAUUACGAGUCAGACGCUGCUUUGCUCUCUAUCACCUCCCGUAGAGCCAAAUCACCCAAGAAUCGGCGCACUCGGUCAAUCCUGGAUGGUUGGGAGGGAGAAAAGGCUGAAUCGGAUGAGGAAGAGAGUAUGGAUGUUGCUCAAGCUAUACCCAAGUUGAGGGACCUCAAGAACAAGUCGUCAAAAGGAUCUUUUCGACAGUUGCUUGAAACUAACAGGUAG